CAGGCUUGAAAUCGUGAUAGACAAAAAACACAGAGAGACAAAACAGAAACACCAUUUCAGAAACCCUAGAAAACUCUCUUCCAGACUGGCAUCAAUCCACGCCCAAUUUUUAACCCUAACCAUUUCAAAUUUCCCUGCAUUUUUGGUCGCAAUCAAGGCAUAUCAACUCCUGUUGCUCCCGCCUCUUGCUGUGCUGUAGCUUAAAAUACAGGAAAAAGAAUUGAGAAAGUCCUCUGGAUAAGAAUGCUAAUACACAUUUUAUUGGGAUUCAAGAUCGUGUCAUUUUGGGAAGCACUGAUAAACAGUGUGUACUUGCUUAACAAAGUUAAGCUUUUGAAUAAGGAAAAGGUUGCAUUUUCCGUGUAACUUCAUCAUUUUUGGAAUUUGAGGUGCAAACUUGUUGGCGUUUCACAUAUCCUGAAGUUUAGUUGCAGUAUCACUGUUAAAUGUCAGAAGCUGUCAUGGCGGUAGUCAAACCUGAGAUGAAGUCUUACAUCUGGCUACAAACUGCUGAUGGGUCAAUCCAACAAGUAGAAGAAGAGGUUGCUAUGUUUUGUCCCAUGAUCUGUCGAGAAAUACUUCAGACAGGCAUGGGAUCGUCCAAAAACUAUGCUAUAUCACUUCCUCAACGAGUUAACCCUGCCGUUUUGGGGUUAAUACUUGACUACUGCCGGUUUCAUCAAGUACCAGGUCGCUCUAAUAAGGAACGCAAAACUUUUGAUGAGAAAUUUAUUCGGAUGGAUACAAAGAAGUUAUGCGAGUUGACAUCAGCUGCUGACAGCCUACAAUUGAAGCCUUUGGUUGAUCUCACCAGCCGAGCACUUGCACGAAUUAUUGAAGGAAAAACUCCUGAAGAGAUACGGGAGACAUUUCAUUUACCUGAUGAUCUCACAGAGGAGGAGAAGUUGGAACCUCUGAGAAACAUAACCGAUGAUCCACGUAUCCGGCUUCUUAAUCGUCUAUAUGCAAGAAAGAGGAAAGAAUUGAAAGAGAGAGAGAAACUGAAGAAUGUUGAGGCGGAGGAGGAGCGUGUUGAUCAGCGUUCCGUCGAUGAUCUCUUGACAUUUAUCAAUGGUGGAAAUGGAGAUUCAAAGGGAGUUAAAACCAAUAAGAAUAAGAAGAAAAAUCGAAGAAGAAAAGAUCCACCAAAAGAUUCUUCAAAUAAUGUCAAUGGAAACCAUAAUAAGGAAUCAGAAGCUCUUUCUUCUGCUUUCCACAAUGAAUCCCGACCUUCUAGCUCUUGCAACUUGCAAGAUUGUACAGCUAUUGAGUUUGAUGAUGGUGAUGUUGACGAUGAUUUAGAUCCUGCCAUGAAGGAGCAGCUUGACAGGGAAGUGGAGGAUUUUGCACGAAGAUUAAAUUCAGAUUGGCCAGAAAGGAUGCAGGAAAUUUUAUCCUUAGGCCAAGAAAGGAGACUUGCACCAAUAAAUAUUAAUGGAAAUGGUUCUGCACGUAGAUAUACAACAGGUUUGGAUCAGAGAUAAUGGUUCUAUGAUAACUGUAUUACCUAAUUGGAAUGUCAAGCAGCUAGAGCGAUUGGAACAGAUGUGACCAUGGGAUUUGCUGCUGCAGAAACUAGAAGAGUGAUCACUGUUUUUGGUGUUGAGAGCAUGUGAGUAUAUUUGUUUGUUUUUCCAUCACCAAAUGCAAUUUUCAUUCUGUGGGCAUCUUUGUAUGUUGAAGGAGAGAAAGAACAAGGUGUUUAAAUCAAAAGGAAAAAAGAACUUGGAGCCUUCAAUAGGCGCAUAAUUUUCUCAUUCUCUUGAGCUUCUUCUCUUUUUGUGGAUGUUUUAACCUUCAGCCAUCACCACUGGCCGUCUCUUGUAUAUUCUUGACUUGAUGCUCGAUUUACAAAUGUUCCUUUUCAUUUUCGUUUAAAGGCCCCAUUUGGCUUUAGAAAGUCUUACGAGAAGUUGUAAGUGCUUAGUUUACACUGUUUAUGUAAUGAAAUUGGAAUGAGAAGCAAGUUAUUUUCUCUCA